AUGUUGAAAAAGCAAAAAAAGGGGGACGAUGCUGUCAAACAGGGUAGGGACAUCAACCUCUUCCACCCUGGCGACACGCAUACACGCACCCUCUAUCUGAAUACCCGGCGUGGCGCUGCGAAUGGCAACAUAGUCCUUCGGUCAGCCUUCAAGGGGCAAAUGUCCAAACUCUGCCUUUCCUCGCAGCGUGAUCGCAACCUGAUAUCAGAUCGUUAUCACUAUGUAGCCCCUUCGUUUACCAAAGUUGUGCUCGGCUGGCUAGACUUCUAG